CAUUCGCAGCCGACGACCCCCACACCCGCGGCCCGCCAUGCCAGCCUUCAAGGAUGACCAAAUCAUUAUCAUUGCGCCUGGAUCGGAAUCCACAGUCGCGCAGCUAGGCCUCCCUGAAUCCUUCACCCCGCCUCGCCUGCGCGUCAGGUCGCGCAUGUUUCCUGCCGAAAAAGAGGGGGAAUGGGAGCCUUACAAGGUGCGAAGGCGGGCGGUGGCCAACAAGGUGGAGAAGCCAGCGCUGCCGCAAGAGGAGCAAGAUGAAAUCAACGACAUGAAGAAGUCGCUGGGGGAGCCUGACGACGACGAGGUUCUCUACGAAGAGGACCCAGUGUCCGAGGAGGGCGCUGUGUGGCCAAUAUCAGAGGGGAGAAUCGUCAAUUGGCCAUGCUUCUUCGCCCUAAUGACCCAUGUCUACAAUACGCUCAACCCGCCUUUUCACACGCCUAUUCUCCUCAUAGCACAACCAGCCUGGACCCCACGAGAGCACGAGAAGCUCACCCAGUUCUUCUUUGAAAAGUUUAAGACUCCUGCGUUUGGUCUGAUGGACUCUGCGGUAGCGACGAGUUGGGCAUAUGGGGUGCAUACAUCCACUGUGAUUGACGUCGGGCGAGACAAGGUUGAUGUCACUGUCAUAAGCGAGUUCAUCCCUCACACUACGGGCAGAGUGGUGGCACUUCCAGGGUGUGGAGGCGAAGGCAUGACCCAACAACUCUUGAGCCUCUUCAAAUCCAAGGACAAAGGCUUCACACGGGAGAUGUGCGAGCAGCUCAAGAGAAACCCCAUUUGCGAGAUACUUCCCAUAGGCACUCCCUUACCAGGGACCACCGAUAUGAGCUCGUCUGAGACCAUCACAAAUCCGGCUGCCGCAGCCUCUACAGGAGCAACUGGAUCAGGCCCAGGGCCUGCAGCUGCAAUCGGCACUGCUCCACGAGGUCCUGGUCUCGAUACCGAGGUGGGUGACGAGGCGAAUGGCGAUGAUGACAAUGAAGGGGUCCUUGACGUGGCUAGCAUCGUCGCAGGGGGUAAAAUGGAGGAAUAUCUAGCGCGCAAAGAAAGGGAAAAGCAAGAGAAACUUGCCGCCAAGAAGAAAGGCGCAGAAGCCCCUCAAGCACAGUCGAAACCCACACGGCUGCCGAAUGCGAAACGAGAAAAGGCCACUUUCAUGUACGAGGACCAUCAUUUGCUAGACACGCUCAAGGGGAUGAAUUUGGGUACCAAAGGUAUGGCGGAUGCCCAAGCUGCGUUGGAUGAGGGCCCGUCAAAGAAGACAGAUAGCGGCGAAGCGGCAGAAGAGCUAAGAUCGGCCAUAGAGCUCAAUGGUGAUGCGGCAUCGUUGUUGACGAGCUCAAACACAGGUCCCAUUCGAAGAGAGAUCGAAGUCGGCAAUGAGCGAUUCCAGGCAGCAAGCGGCGGCGUUCUUGAGAAGAUUGCAGACGCCAUACAUCGAGCGAUAUCUUCUAUCGAAGAAGUGAAUAAGCGGAGUGAGCUUUGGGAUUCUCUCAUCAUCUGUGGAAACGGUUCCAAGAUAAGAGGCUUCAAAGACGCUCUAAUGUCUACCUUGUCCACAAAGUAUCUCAUCUCACCCUCCAGUGCCACGAUUUUUACAUCCGAGCUCCCUUCAAACAUCUCCACCCCUGCAGGCACGGGUGCAAAUACUCCUCAGCCCCAACUCGGCCCCCACGGAUCCUCAAGCCAAGUCAACCCUCUCCUGCUAGCAGCUACCACUGCGCAGAACCCACAUCUCAACCCAGGCAUGGCAAUGCCUUCGAUGCACAACAGCCACUCUGGCCAUGGCCAGACGCCAACCAGUAUCCGGACCGUGAAACCACCAGAGUAUUUCCCCGAGUGGAAAGACUUUGGCUAUGACGAAGCAGCCUUCUUGGGCGCACAGGUCGGCGCCAAGGUGCUUUUCAUCGUCGAUCAGGGGCAAAGCAAGGGCUAUAUGACCCGACCGGAUUACAACGAGCAGGGGCCUACUGGCAUCCACGAAUAUAGCUUAUAAGCUGGAUCAGUUCUUGAGUGAAAAUGACUGGCUGCUUCUUAGUUGGAGUUUUGGAGCCUGUCUGGCUGGCGUCUGGAUGACAGCUUGGUGGUCAGAUUCGUUUAGACGAUGCUACUGCUGAGGGAGAGUAUCAAUGAAAAGCCCGUGGCCUUACGUAAUGAUAUAACUAGCUUCUCCGUCUGUAUGUGCUCCGUGGAAGACCCUCACACCCCUGUGUGUGAUCGAGUCUUCACGGUGAUGUAAAUCACCUUCUUCAACUGGCGAGC